AUGGAAGGGCUCUUAAAGGUCGUUAAAACGUCAGAUAACCUUGAAGACUCCUUAGCUGCAGAUUCUGCUCUUCGAGAAUCUUCGUCUCUUCCGCGGAUCUCGAUAAUUGAAGAACCCCAGCCUGAGACUAAGAUAUCAUCACCAGAAGAUGUGUUGCAACUAUUAAAAUCCAAGGCCCCUACAUCAGCAGUAUUAGAAGCAUUGAGAUUCCUUGACCCUGCUGGACUAGAGGAUGGAGACUUUAAUAUCAUUAUUCCGAGCUCGUUAGGAGCUCAAAUUCUUCAUGCAUUAAUCACCACUACUAUUCAUGAUCACUGGGCUAGCCUGGGGAUGGAAUAUAGCUUGGAAAAAUCAUACCAAGCGGACACCAAGCGGAGACCGCAAUCCAUACUACUUAGGUGUUUGAAAAGUGCUUCUGGGAUUGGGACUCUGCUAGCUCAUAUUCGGAGCCUUCUCCCUAGUCAAAAUCUUCUCCAAGGAAAGAAAACCACAUCCGACAAGGGAACAUUGAUUCAAGAUACUAUAUCAAUACUAUCAUGCCUAUUAUCCCCCAGUCAUUUACUAUUUCAGCUUUUUACCGAUAUGAAUCAACUCAUUGAUAAUACGGUUCAACGGCAGCUUCUUUGGCGGGAGAUCAUCUCUUUGCUUGCAUCUGGAAAAGUUCUUUCUAUAGCUGCUGAAUCACUUAAAUAUACAGAAUCAUCCACAGAAUUCCCCCCUACAGCAUGGAUCUCAAAUGGGAAACUCUAUGGUUCUUGGCUUGGACGAAAUAUAGGCUACAUGGUGUCUCAACUUCAGCUCGAUGAUAGUGAGGCGUGGAAGGAAUUGGCCGCCUUUACUAGUCGAUCAUUAAGCAUUGGUCAUCCAGAAAGGGAUGAGGGCAGCAAUGUGGAUACUGCUAUAUCUAAUAUCUCGGCCAUACUCUCCGUAAUAACGAGAAACGCUUCCACCUUGAAAGACUUCCUGAAGAGUUGGCUUAUAUCAGGAACAGGUGGUAGCAUAACUAGCAUUCAAAUGCGCCGUUCCUUGUUGGCCGCUUUCAGCUGUGAUACAGAGUCCCUUUAUCAAAUAUUUACAAAAUCAAUUGACCUUUUUGGAGACAAGCUCUCUAUUAAACACUCACCAAUACAGGCUCAGGAAGCGAAUGCGCAAGUCAUUCUCCUUACUUCUGGAUAUUUGCACAGACAUGAAGAAAGUGACCUUUUCAACCUUCUUCAAUCAAGUUCUUAUCUUUCUGCAAUUUCCAAUCGCCUCGGAGCAGCAUCCACUCGAUGUCGUUUUCUAGGUAUGGUUGUCGGCACCUCUCUGUCCAAGCUGACCGACAAACCAGAAAACUACCUGAAAUUUGACUUAGCGGAAAUGAAUAGCGAGGAAGCGCUAUGGUAUUUGAGGUUAUCGGACAUACAGGACAGGGUUGGCUCGAUGCAAGAAUUAAGGAAUACCCGUACAUUGCCUCAUAGCAGAACGACCAAAAAGAGGAAUUCAAGUAUAAAACAAAAGAAAAGACAGGAGCCUAAUACGGAGCCUGUCACGCCUAAAUUAUCUCCCCUACCAGAAUCGGACGAAUCCGAAGAGGAUAAUCUUACCCCAUAUCAAAAACCUGACGCCGAUGCCUCCGAUUCCGACGAGGAUCCAACACUUAUUCAGCGAUCCAAACCCAAUCCGCCUGUAUAUAUCAGGGAUCUUCUAAUGUACCUUCGCGACGUUGACAAUUACGACCGCUAUAGCUUAGGUAUAUCAACGGCACCCAGCCUCAUUCGGCGAAAAAUCGCUUUUGGUUCGGAACUGGACGAACACAUCAGAGACCUUGCCCUUACCCUUAUUGGAUUACAUGAUAAAUAUAACACCCCAAAAUUUCAAGAAUAUCGCCUGCAAAGUCUGGUCACGCUUAUUACUGCGCGCCCAUUGGUUUUAGGCCCAUGGGCAGCAAAUGCUUUCUUCAACAUUGAUCUAUCUCAGUCUCAGAGAUCCUCGUUGCUCAUCUCCCUAGGCCUAGCUGCACGAGAGCUCGCAGGAUAUAGGGAAGAGGAUAAUAUGGCCAUGAGCCUCCCUGCUUCUGCGGAUACAUCAUUCCCAUCCCAAAGGCUCCCACCUCAGCUUGAAAGCAAAUAUGGUUCAACGUCUGAAACGAACCCAAUUGAAGCUAUUUCAAAGACUAUUACCCGAACCUCCCUAGAACCGCUAGCCCUUAACGCUGCGGACACUCUUAGCGGGCCAAAUGCUCUCAAAGUUCGAAAAUUUUCGUCAAGAAUGGAAGUGGAGAAGAAGAAGCACGAACGGGAGCAACUGCGAAGAGCUAGGUCGAUUCCAAAAGAUCUACAUAAAACGCUCUUCGAAGCAUUCUUCCGCCCUUUAACUGGCGGAUUCGGGUUAAUGCUCUAUUCUAUGUCGUCGUACAACGGCAAUAACCCAUUUUUCGUUCCACACCUCCUUUCGCUCUUUAUGCAAACUAUUAACCUUGUCGUAUCGACAAUCGGGCCCAGCUCGGCUAACCAGCUGACCAUAACAUCCGAUGCAUUCACAUUACUAAUUUCCCUCCACAAUUCUCCAGUUGCAACAGAGCCAACAGUCCUCUCUGCCAUUCUCUCACUUUUCCUUACUGUGUUGGAUAUCAACAUUGCAUCAGGAACCUCUGGAGAAGAACAGUUAGUUACCGAAUUCGCAGAGCAAGUAAUGGAGUUGCGAGAAUGGGUAAGCGGUAUAUUCGAGAAGACACCAAAGGGGGACGACCAAAUUAGGAUGUUAGCAGCUGGCAUCAUGGUGAAACUAAGUGAAAUCAUGAACCGCUACCAAAAUAGGUUAUUUGGGAUAAAUGCCGAAUUUUCGUUUUAA